UAGGCAACGGGUCAGUGACAAAAGAGAACUUGCCAUUUCUGUAGCAACGCAAGAUGCUAACGCACUAAUUUCUUAAAUAAGAAAGGAUAUGCUAAGCCUUAACGCUUUGUUUCUGCUUAUUCCUCGAUGUGCACAAAGGAAUCAUUAUGUGGGAGUUUAAGAGAUUUUAAGGUAAGAAGAAGGAACAAAGUGAAGAAAUGUAACUGCCAGGAGAGCCUGCAUUACUGCUUGAAAUUAUUGUAAAGGGGAACAGCUUGAUCAUCCAUGAUACACAUCUAUCCAUGGAAAAUGGACUGGUGGAUAAAGCCUUAGCUGGGUGAAACACAGAAUCAACUUAAUGUAAUACAUGUGGCUGUACAAUGUGGCAACGCCAAUAGUUAUUGCUAUGAAUGCUGAAUCAAAAAAAAUGUUUGGAAGAAUGACAGUGAGGUGACCGACAAAAACCACGCAAAAGCACAAUCCUAUACAUGCUUACUCAGAAGUAAGCCCCACAGUGGUGAGUGGGGCUUACUCCCAGGAUUUAAAAAAAGACACUAAAAAAAAUUAGUAAAAUAGAAAAAAACACCACAAAAAAGGCAACAUUGCUGGGACCUCAGUGUUAGAACAUUGCAAAUGUGCUCAGAUCUGUCACAGCUGCCCUCUGUUUUAGGAUCUCGUACCUCUUUAUCCCAGAGAGCUUCAUUGUUUUUAAAGGAACAACAGGUCAACCGAAAGACAACCACAAAGUCCAAACAAAAAACCAGUACAUAAAUCAAGAUAUCCUGUUAAUGGAACCUUGUUGACUUCAUGGAAACAGCUUUAAUGAAAAAGACUCUGAGCAAACACAAUAAAACGCUGCCCAAUGCUGGAAAAGCCCUUGCUAAUAUCUCCACCGGCUCGUCUUUAAGGCAGGCUUCAAAAUCCACUGUUUCAGAUCCUUCCAUGCUUUUGUCAGGAGUGGGCUUGAAUUCUACCCUUAAAACAAGCGCUGGAAAGAAGAGGCCAGGGACUGUGGUGCUAUCAAAACGACCAAGUGCUGGGGGCGUGUCUCAGGAUCAGGGGGACCGGCCCGUCAUUCGCCCGAGAAGACCUGGCUUCAGGAUCUGCCAUAUCUGUGGCAGAGAGUUUGGGUCACAAUCUCUUCCUAUCCAUGAGCCAAAAUGCCUGGAGAAGUGGCAGAUAGAAAACGAUAAGUUGCCCAAACAUCUCAGAAGACCACCACCCAUUAAACCUCAGGCCCUUCCUGGAGGAUCUCUCGGUACGAUGGCUGAAAACGCAGCAGCAGCUGCUCAAAGUUACAAGCUCCUACCCUGUGAAUACUGUGGCCGUACUUUUCUUCCAGAUCGUCUUGCUGUACACCAAAGGAGUUGUAAACCGAAACCCAGUGGAGGUCCUUCGAGCUACAGCUCCCCUAAAUCACAUACCGGUAGAUCCACUGGGCCUGCAUCUUCCACCUCAGACAAGCCUGCAUUUGUACGGCGACCCCCAACCGUUAUUUGCUACAUUUGCGGCCGAGAGUAUGGAACUCAAUCCAUAAGCAUCCAUGAACCACAAUGUCUGAAAAAAUGGCACCUGGAGAAUGAUCAGCUGCCAAAACACUUAAGACGACCCGAACCCAAAAAGCCAGAGGUCGUAUCCAUAGGAGCCAAAGGUUACUAUGAUCUGGAUGCUUUAAACGAGUCUGCCUGGCAAAGUGCCCAGGCCCAGUUAGUUCCAUGCAAUAUUUGCGGUCGUACCUUCCUGCCAGACAGGCUGAUCGUCCACCAGCGCUCAUGUAAGCCGAAGACACCAAAAUAAAACGUUCCUCCUUUCAAGCCAAAGUUUUUAAAGAACAAGACUCUUCUCUGACCUAUAGGUCAGUGGUCUCAGCAAUGGAGAAUCAUAGCACUAUGUAGAAUCAAGUUCCAAAAAUGACCUGUGUACAAUUAACUGAAUAUUGAUUAUGUAGGUGAAAAAUGGACAUGCCACUUCUAACAGUGUUUUGCAGCAGUGGUAUUGACCACGCGGUCCACAUGGAUGAUGGGAGUUCAACUUCUCCGGCAUUCUUCAGAGCAGACCGUGGCCUUAAGACUUCAGAAUGAAUACCAUUGUUUCUCGGACACAUACUGUUAUGAAGUGCUUAUGCCUUUUCAGACCCAAGGGUUAGUAAAUCAUGUUUAAGCAUACUUCUUUUUAUUGAGGGUGUUUCCGUUAAAUAGUCCUAUCUGCAGCAAAAUGAGGACAAUAAAAGCUUUGGUAGGCUUCUUCAAAAGUGGGCAUUCCAUGUGUUUUGAAGACUAAAUCUCCAAUCUUGUUUCUCAGGUAUUGACUCUGUAAUGUUAGAGUUUACAGGCAUCCAUCCAGUCUGUCUCCGUAAUAGGAAGGAGCUUGGGUAAUGGUCACAUUUUCCUCCAAUCCCUGUGGCAAGAUUUGAAUGUCAGCUACGAGGCUCUAGUACUCAAGUUCAGUCCUGGCACCCAUCUCAUUUGCAGGAUAUGGAGAACCUCGGAAGUGUGUUCCCUUCCCCCAGAGAACUGCAGGCAGGGCUGGCCCAACCAUGAGGCAAGGUGAGGUGACUGCCUUGGGCGGCAGGUUCCACAGGGGCAGGACAUGUGGCCUCCAAGGAAUGCAUUGCUUACGAUUGUGGUGACAGCAACAGCUGCAUCGUGUUGGAGGCCAGAUCUGCCUCCUCCUCAGUAGCCCCUGCUGUGCCUUCUCUACAAUGGCCUCUCAGCAUAUAGGAGGCACUGCUGGUCUCUUCCCACACCUAGAGAGGAAAGAGAGAGGGGCUGCCCUCUGGGGGCUGCACCCACCACACAUGAUUCAGAGCAACCCCCCCCCUCACAGCAGCCUUUGAUUCCCACUUCAACUACCUGGUAAGGUUGAUUUGAAUCCCUGCCUCCAUUCUCCAUCUUUAUUCUCCAGUUGUUCCCAAUGUAGAGCUCCUCUCCUUCUUCCCGAGCGGGCGGGUUUGCGUGCAAUGUUGUGGCUCAUUUCAGGAGCCAGAAUGUCUUGGGCCAGCCCUGGCUGCAGGUCCUACCCAUUUCUCUACUUCCCAGAUUGUUCACAACUCACUUUACAAUUUGCUCCAUCUCUCUUCAACAUCUCAAUGUGCAUUCCGUCACUGUCUCCCACAAUCCAUGGGAGUAGGGAUGGAGGACCUUACCCCAGAUGUCAAAUAAGACUCUCUGUCUGGUCCUCAAAACUCUCCCCAGAACUCCCUGCCCGUCCUUUGUACCCCAGGAGUUUCUGCCUGGCUGGAAUGUGUCUUUGAGCUCUGUUCAUGGCUCUUGCUUGUCUGAAUGGAAGCUAGAGAGAGUGUGAGCAGAAACUAACCUGUUGCACAGACGUUGAAAUCAUUAACCAUUCAUGACCUCUUUCCUUUUCCAGCUUCCUACAAUCCAAAAUGUUUCCCUAUGUCCUUAAAAUCUCGAUAACAUAUUCUGUCUUGGAGCCCAACAAAUACUACUGAUCAGGCCGGGCUCUAGGGGUAGGCUGGGUGGCGCGGGGAACCAGGGCGCCGGGCCGGCAGGGGGGUGCAGCGUGGUGGAGCCGCGCGGAAGACGUGCUGCACACUGCGCCCGCCAUAGCUGCCAAGUCUCCCGUUUUCCCUGGGAAAUCCCUGUUUUUCCAGCUGUUCCUAGCUGAAAAAACGGAUUUUUUUUGUUUCCCCCCAGUUUAUUCUGGUGCGGCGGCCAUUUUGGAACUGGGCAGAGCAUGCUCAGAAGUGACUUUUAUAAAAUGGACCACCCUUGAUUGCCCACUCUUCAGGGGAUUCUCU